AAGUUGCGGUAAAUAUUUUUGACUUCUAUUAUGAAAAUUGGUGAAUUUUCAUAUGACGAUAUGACGUAGUAUUUCCGGUUUUUCAUCACUGCAGUUGUAUCAAAUCUUAGUAAGCAAUCCAAGCUGUAAAAAUAAAAAAAGGACUUUCAACGGCUGUCGAUAUUCUCUAUGAACCCUAUACAAUUACCUAAUUCUCAAAUCUACAUCACACAGGCGCGUAUGUCAUGACAUGACAUACAUUUUUUGACGUGGGUUUGGGUUUCAUAAAUUUUCGUAAAAUGGCUUUGUGUUCGAAUUUCAAGAAUUCGAAUCACAUUUUCUAUAAAGUACCAAAUUGUCAGUAUUUUUUAACCAACAAAAACCCCAGGUUGAACAGUUACAACAACUAUCCGACUCAUAUUCAAAAUAGAAACCUAUCUGAUGGAUGCGGUGGAUCACAAGCGGCAAAGUGUAAAGUGGCAAUAGUGACAGGAGGUGCAAGGGGAAUUGGUUUUCAUAUAUCCGAGCAACUGUUGAAAGCUGGAGCACAGGCAGUUAUUCUCGGAGAUAUUUUAAUGGAUGAUAUGGAGGAAGCAACAUGCAAACUGAAUGCAAAAUAUGGUGAAAAUAAAGCACUGUUUCAACCUUGCGAUGUCACGAAAAAGGAAGACAUGGAAAAAAUGUUCAAGUGCACGAAGGAAAGAUUCGGAAAAAUUGAUAUAGUGGUAAAUAACGCUGGAAUUUUGGCUGACUCAAGAUGGGAACAGACGUUACUCAUUAAUCUACAUGGUUUGGUACGUGGCACCCUAUUGGGUUUCCAAUAUAUGGGCGUCCAAAAUUGUGGAAACGGCGGGUUCAUUUUCAAUAACGCCUCAAUAUUGGGGUUGCAACCUAUGUACGGGUCUCCAGUAUACACUGGUACUAAGCACUUCAUCAUAGGAUUCACUAGGUCAAUGGGGCAUGAUUAUUUCUACAACACAUCGAAAGUGAAAGUCAUGGCAUUCUGUCCGGGAGUUACUGACACUAAUAUGAUUUGGGAAGCAGCAGAAGGAGGACUGCCUGGAUUUGAAGGCCUAGGAAACGAGUUAGCUAAAGGGCUUGCUGCAUUACCAUCACAAGAACCCGUAGAAGUUGGGAAAGGCAUAAUAACCAUGAUUCAAGAUGGCGAAAACGGCAGUAUUUGGGUUUCAGAGGCUAACGAAUUUUAUAAAGUCAAGAUUCCAGAUCGCAGUACAUUUAAGCCGCCCUGCUUGAAAGGAAGCUCGUCAUCCGAGGGAGAUAAAAAGGGGGAAGAUUGCAAGAAAAAAAUGGCAGAAGCCAAGUGGAAAGCGGAAGCUGUGAAAAAGGCUGAGGAGGCGAAAAAAGCUAUUUGUGAUAAAGUAGCCGCAGAACAAAAAGCCGCCGCUAGAAAAAAAGCCGAAUGUGACAAAAUGGCUGCUGCAUUUAAAAAAGCGGAAGCUUCUAAAAAAGGUGCUUCGGGCGACAAAAAGGAUGACAAGAAGGAUCCAUGCGAAAAAUCGGCAGACUCCAAGAAAAAAGCAGAAUGUGAGAAAUUGGCUGCCGAACAGAGGAAAGCGGAGUGUGAAAAAAUGGAACUGGCUAAGAAAAAAGCAGAAUGUGCAAAAAUAGCUGAGGCCAAGAAAAAAGGAGAUAAAAAACCAUGCAUGACGGAAGCUGAAAAAAAAGCUGAAGCUGAAAAAGAGGCAGAGUGUGAGAAAAUGGCUGCAGCCGAAAGAAAGGCGGAAUGUGAGAAAAUGGCUUUAGCCAAGAAAAAAGAAGAAUGUCAAAAAAGAGCUGAAGCUAAGAAGAAGGGGCAAGAGAAAAAAUGUAUGUCGGAAACAGAAAAGAAAGCAGAAGCCCUCAAAAAUGAAGAGUGUGAAAAAUUAGCCGCUGCCGAGAAAAAGGCAGAAUGUGAAAAACAAGAAGCAGCUAAGAAAAAAGCGGAAUGUGAUAAAUUGGCCGCUGCAGAGAAAAAGGAUUCGAAAAGCAGCAAACCCAAGAAUGACUGUACUAGCAAGAAAUGAACCACAGAGAAGUGAAAAAUACCGGUUACAGUGUUUGUCGAGUGAUAUUCGAAUAAUUGUGUAUGGUCUGUGUGGAAAUAAAAUUAAAUUAUAUGACAA